AUGUCACAAACACACGGAGAAGCUGCACCAGCAGGAGUAGUUGGAACGGUGAACGAGGCACCUGUCUCCCACCCCAACAACUAUGUCGGUUUUGACACCAUCACAACGCAGAUAGAGAACAGGCUUGUGAAGAGAGGAUUCACGUUCAACAUCAUGAUGGUCGGGUACUCUGGGUUGGGGAAAUCGACGUUGAUCAACACCCUUUUCAGCUCGCACAUGGUUGACUCUAACGGUAGAGACACAAUCAACGAACCCAUCGACAAGACGACCGAGAUCAAGGUGACCACGCACUCGCUAUUGGAGAACAACGUGAGAUUGAACUUGAACAUCAUUGACACCCCCGGGUUUGGCGACCAGCUGAACAAUGAUAAGUCGUGGGAGGCCGUUUUGAAGUACAUCAAAGACCAGCAAAACCAGUACUUGAGAAGAGAAUUGAACGCAUCGAGGGAGAUGUUCAUAAAAGACUCCAGAGUCCAUUGUGUCUUGUACUUCAUCCAGCCUAACGGCUAUGGCUUGAAGGCGUUGGACAUCCAGGUGUUGAAGAGAUUGACCGAGGUCGCCAACGUGGUCCCAAUCAUCGCCAAGGCCGACACCCUCACAUUGGAUGAAAGGACUAGAUUCAAGAGACUCCUACAGGAACAGUUCAAGUUCUACAACUUGAAAAUGUAUCCGUACGAAAACGACUACGAGGACGAGCUGACCGAGGAAGAGGUCCAGUUCAACAACGACAUCAGAUCCCUGCUACCCUUUGCAGUUAUUGGUUCUGAAAACAUAAUCACCACCCCGAAUGGUGAAACCAUUAGAGGCAGAAGAACCAAGUGGGGCAUGAUCAACGUCGAGGACGUUACCCAAUGCGAGUUUGUCUACUUGAGAGAUUUCUUGACCAGAACCCAUUUGUUCGACUUGAUCGAAACCACGAGUCUGGUCCACUACGAAUCUUUCAGAACCAGACAAUUGACAUUCUUGAGAGAAAACGCCUCUGCCAGAAAUUCACAGAUGCCGCAAGUUCAACAGAAUCACUGA